UUCCGUAAAAUUCGCAUGAAAAUUUAUGCCGACCUUUGUCUCGAGCCCGGUAGCACCGGUGGACAUCCGCGGUAUUUUCCGCGAAAACUGCUCAUGUUGGAUGACCUACUUUCUAAAAGAACCGUCGAGACGGCAAGCCUGCGUUCAUCGUAAAGUGGACCUACGGUGUUAUUAUUUUUUUUUUCAUCCGCAAACCAAAUUAUUCAUUUUCACUUUUUUUUUAUCUCUCCCCCUAGUGCGAAAAAAAACAAAAUAAGUAAAUAAAUCCGUCCGUCGCAACCCUUCGCGUUUCGCCGUCGUAGUCCGUUUCGUCGUCGGGUCGUACAACGAGACAUUAACGACGAAAUCGUCAUCCGCCGCCGACGUGUCCGUAGAUAAUAGGUAUUUGUAAUAUUUUAUAUUUUUCCGCCGCCGCCGUCGUCCCGGACGGUUGCCGUCCUGUGCUGUGUACCGUCGCGCCAGUGUUCAUAACAAUACCGAUAUUAUACAUAUAUCUAUGCCAGACGACGUGAAAAACAAGUGCAAGUGAAUGACGACGAUGGCCUACCGACCUAUAUUGCCGCCGUGGUGGCCGUCCGUCGGAAAUGCAUUGGUACGAGCAUGACGGCGCAACUGUCGGAGUACGCGACGUCGGGCCCGAUGGCCGGCGACGAGAACGGCGGUGGCAGCAGCAGCAACGAUAGCGGCGGCGGCGAUGAAUCCACGGCCGAACGGCGGGUGGUGAUGAUAGCGUUCAAAAUGGAAAAUGAUUGCGAUGGUGAAACGGCCGCUGGACCGUCGCGAGAUGAUUCGAACUCGGAACCGCACGCCAUGAUGCUGCAGCAGCAGCAGUCGCCGCCACCGUCGUUCUCGUCGGACGGCAAUACAGCUGAUCAAAAGUGCAUGGAACUCAGUAAUUUGAACGAAGAUCAAACAUUCAUUGAUGAUCCGAAGUGCAUGGACUUGAGUCAUUUGAGUGACGAUGAUCCCAAUUUCAUUGAAGGUGGAAACGGUGGCGGAGGAGGAGGUGGCGGUGUGUCCGGUUCCAUGGACGGCCUCCAGCAGUACGUGGCCGUCGGCGGAAACGGCGGCGGUACGCCCGUGUCCGCGGCCGCGGCCGCCGUCAACCCGUCGGCCACCGGUUCCGAGCUUCCUGACACCAAGGAAGGCAUCGAGGAACUGUGUCCCGUGUGCGGUGACAAGGUGUCCGGUUACCAUUACGGUCUACUCACGUGCGAGUCAUGCAAAGGCUUCUUCAAACGGACCGUGCAAAACAAAAAGGUGUACACGUGCGUGGCCGAGCGGUCGUGUCACAUCGACAAGACCCAAAGGAAGCGGUGUCCGUUCUGCCGGUUCCAGAAAUGUCUCGAAGUCGGCAUGAAACUCGAAGCCGUCCGAGCGGACAGGAUGCGAGGAGGCCGGAACAAAUUCGGACCUAUGUACAAACGGGACAGGGCGAGAAAGUUGCAGAUGAUGCGUCAGCGACAGAUGGCCGUGCAGACGUUGCGCGGUGGCGUGGUCACGUCUGCCGGAGCCAACAGCCACCACCAAUUCGCCAUGUUGGCCGGCGACGCGGUCACGCUAGGCCAGUACCCCGGCUCCACCAUCACGUCAUCGGUGUCCAGUUUGCACAUCAAACAAGAAAUUCAAAUUCCCCAGGUGUCUUCGUUGACGUCCUCACCCGACUCGUCACCCAGCCCGAUCGCCGUGGCUCUGGGUCAGGCCGGACUCGGGUCUCUAGCCACUGGUGCCGGAGGCACCACGUGUGUGGUCAACCAACACUCGCAAAUGACGCUGCAAAUCGUGGCAUCGGCCAACGGCAACAAUAACAACAACACUAGCAGCAGCAACAACAACAACAGCACGGGCGUGACCAACAUGACCGGUGCAAACGGUGGAGUGCCGCCGUCGCAACACCAGCAACAUCACCAGCAGACACAGCAGCAACAACAACAACAGCAACAACAGCAACAGCAGUCGGCGGUCCCGGCCGCGUCCAUGUUGUCCGUGAACAAAAUGUGGUCGCCACCGUCGUCGCCUAAGAACUACCUGUUGUCCGCGCACCAGCAACAACAGCAACAGCAGCAACACCACGUGCCGCAGCAGCAACAACAGCAGCAACAGCAACAGCAGAUGGUGGACGGCGGCGGUAGCACGUCGGCCGCUGCGGCUGCGACCGCCAACGGUGGCGGCGUCAAAGGCAUGUCGCCCAUGAUCCGGGACUUUGUGCAGGGUCUGGACGACCGGGAGUGGCAGAGCUCGCUGUUCGGCCUGUUGCAGAACCAGACGUACAACCAGUGUGAGGUCGAUCUGUUCGAACUCAUGUGCAAGGUGCUCGACCAGAAUCUAUUCUCGCAGGUGGACUGGGCGCGGAAUUCGGUGUUCUUCAAAGAUUUGAAGGUGGACGACCAAAUGAAAUUGUUGCAGCACUCCUGGUCCGACAUGCUGGUGCUGGAUCACAUCCAUCAUCACAUGCAUAACAACCUGGCCAACGAGAUUAUGUUGCACAAUGGGCAAAAGUUCGAUCUGCUCGCGCUCGGUCUGCUUGGCGUCACCACGAUGGCCGACUGUUUCGCCCAGGUCAUCGACAGGUUACAGGAGCUCAAGUUCGACGUCGGCGAUUACAUUUGCUUAAAGUUCCUGCUACUGUUGAACCCCGACGUUAAAGGGAUCGGUAACAGUAAACACGUUCAUGAAGGCCACGAGCAAGUGUUGAAGGCUCUGUUGGACUAUUGCAUCACAGCUAACUCUCAAGUACAGGACAAAUUUACCAAGUUGUUGUCCGUGCUGCCCGAAAUCCAUCACAUAGCCACCAGGGGCGAGGAGAGUCUGUACUUGAAGCACUGUAGCGGUGGCGCUCCCACGCAGACGUUGCUCAUGGAGAUGCUGCACGCCAAGCGAAAAUAACACAAAUCACACAAUAUACCUACACACACCACUCACCAACAAAAUAUUAUAUUUAUAACAAUAAUAGCGUACCUAUUGUUAUUAUUAAUAUAUUAAUGAUAAUAUAUUACUAUUAUUAUAUUUAAAUAUAUAUAUUUAAACCACACACAACACAAUACCACCCCGUACACACACUCACACACACACAUAUACACACAACGUCAAAUCGACACCAUCUACAAUGCGAAGAAGAGACACGCGCACGCACUCCUCGCACUCGUUCACACGGUUGGUCAAAUAUUUUAAAAGACAAAUCCCAUCAUCGUCAAUUUGAGCGACAGCCACGUUACCAUGACAACUAAAUACAUUUUGAGUCAUUACAGAGUUACCAACUGAUCUCGUCGACAGCGUCAUUACACACGUACGCGAUGUUGGUCAAAACUACUCGUACACACCACGUACACUGAUGUACACAUACACCAAUACACGAUUACACACACUUACACAAAUACACACCACAUAAUUAUUAAUAUUAUUUAUUAUUAAUUAUUUAAAUUAUGUAUUUUUUUUUAUUAUAAUAUCUAAGAAAAGUAAUCCUUCCGAUGACUAAUGAAAUAAGAGUGCACAAUGUGCGCCCAAAAAAUCCGAUUAUUAUUAACUAUGUUAUGUUUAAUAGUGCAUAUUAGAGCAUAAUGCAUAUGUAUACAUAUAUUUUUAUUAUGAGCGAUAUAGUUUGUACAUAUAUUAUGAUGAUUUUAAUGCUUAGCUUAGGUAUUUAAUGUUUGGUUACCAAAUCUCAAAAGGCCAGUAAAAGGAGAUGUGCUCAAGGUUAAAAAAUGUUAAAAAAAAAAGUUUAUAUUAUUAACAAUAUAAUGCAAGCAGUUCAGUUCCUACACACACUGUUCCAAUUUUAAAUAAGAUAUUAAUCCGUUAUAUGUUCGGUUUUCUUCUUCUUUUUAUUAAUUGCAGAAAUUUUGUUCAUGAAAAAGAUAUAUAAGUGAGAAACAUAUACAAAGAGAGAAUGAUUACAAUGAAUUAUGUGUGACAAUAUUGUUGUUUACAGUAUUCGUGUGUGUUAUUGUAAAUUGUAUCAUUAUUUUCAAUAUUAUUAACUCAAAAUUAUAAAGAUCUUAAUGAUUUAACCAAUUUACUAUAUUCGCACACUAAUAUUUUGUUUCUUUACGAUGAUUUGUGUAAAAAGUAAUUGUACAUAUACAUAUUUAUUUAUGUAUAUAGUAUUUUUAAAUAUCAAUUGAAUAAAAAAGAUUAACUACCAUUGCCUCCAAAACAAGAGUACAAAAUAUUUUUCUAAAACCAAUUCGUUAUCUUUGUUAACCCCAUUAGCUUUAGUUUUACCUUUCAAAUUUUUUUUUGUUUUUUUUCUUUGGGAUAUUUGGGCAUAAAAUCACUGAUUCGGCAUUCGUCUUUUGGAUCUUGUUUGAAAAAAGAAAAACAUUCCGUCUAAAUAAAUUAAAUUUAAAAACAAAUACCUAAAAACGUUUAUUUUUUUUUCUCCUUGUAGAAGGUGAUGGACAAGUUAGCGUUCGCCUUAUUUUAUAUUUUAUUUCCUCUACAAGUAUAAUAUUAUUAUAGUUAUUAUUAUAUAACAUAGUUUCAUAGUUGUUUAGAUUUAGAGAUUUAUUUAUUUAUGCGUGUAUACAUAGAUUUAUGGCAUAUAUUAUUAUUAUUAUUAUUAUAUAAUAUACCUUUGUGGUUCAUAAUGUUAGGUGUUAAAAAUAUUUAUUUUAAAACAAAUAUUGUCGUUAAAAAAAAAACAAUUUUAUAAAACACAAGAAUGAAUGUAUGAAACUAUGAGUUACCGUUAAAUUUUUUUUGUAAGUAAUAUUACUAUGUACUUGCUCAUUGUUUUUCUUUUUCUUAUCUUUUCUUUUUCCUUUUUUUUUUUUUUUAUUCGUCAUUUAUGCUUGUAUUGUUCGUUUGGUUUGUCACAAGCGUGCGCACACGAUAUAUUCAGACAUCUCAAUAUUUGAUUGUAUAAAUCUUCACAUGGACUUACCGUUCGAUGUGUGUAUGUGUAUGCGUUUGCGUUGACGCUUCCCAGCCUCUGUCUUCCUUUACAUACGCGCCCGGGGCAGUGCGAAAACAUUGCAAGUCUGUCAGUUUUUUUUUUUUUUUUUAAUGAGAGAAGGAAAGAAAAAAUGUUUGAAUUUCGACCAAAGUUCUACAAUGUUUCCAGACAUAUAUAUGUAACUAAUUUUUUUCUCGAAAACUAAUAGUUUAAAAGAAAAUUUAAUCAUAAUUACUAAAAAAAAAAGCGUCCAGGGUUUUCGUAUGAAUUCGUGAUCAAACAUUGUGAUUGAAUAUUUUUUAAAUAAAAUAUAUAAUGUUAUUAAUAAUAAUACAUAUAUAAAUAUAUAUUUUGGAAGUAUAUUUCUUAAUCUAUUUUAAAAGGAAAAUACGUUUUAUUUUUUGAGAUAAUGAAAUAUUUUAAGUUUUUAUUAUGGUUUUAACACUGUUGGUUCUUUUGUUCUCCAUCAUUAUAAUUAUUAUUAUUAUUAUUAUAUUAUUAAUAUUACUAUUAUAUAUUUGGCAUCAUUAUUAUUAUUAUUAUCAUUAUUGUAUAAUUAUAUUUUGACCCUCCCUUAAUGUUUUUUUUCAACUUUUAACCGCGCUUAGAAGAUAAGCUAUGUAUUUUUAUUUUUUAUCCCUUAGUUUCGUAUUAGUUUUUAAAUGAACAUUUUAUUAUGUAUAUGUAUAUUAUAGAUAAGUUACGAGAACACGAAAAAUAAAAUAUAGAUUAUGUUUCUCGUUGCUUCGGAAUACAAUUAAACACAUAUUUUUAAGAAAUAUGAAAAAAAAAUCCUGUUACCUCAAUAAAUUCGUUGCGUUUGUACCAUAUAAUAUAUAUAUAUAUAUAUUAUAUUAUAAAUAACAUAAUUUAUACAUAAAUAUAAUUUAAGGUAAUAAUAAUUAUUAUUAAAUAAAAAAAAAAUAUAAUAAAUACCAUGUUAUUAAGUGUUUUGUGUUUGUAUUAUCUAUUUUUGAUGUAAAUAUAGAUUUACGUUUAAUUUUAUUAUUUAUGCGAUAUUUUUUUUUCAUUCAGAACACAUUAUUUGUCUCGUUAAGACGUUAUUAUUAUUACUUUUUAACGAAAUUAAAAAUAAUUUACACGGAUAAUUAAUGGUACAAAAUUGUGGUCGAGAAUGUUUCUAAAACCUGUUACCAGCGUAUUAUUUUUAUUCGUAUUAUGUGUAUUGAUCUUAAAAUAUAAUGUUUAUUGAUUAUACUUGAA